UCACCAAGACGACUGGAACAUGGCCGAUGACGUUAAGAACCAAAGACGAGCAGCUAAAGGCAAGUUUACCAGAAAAUUAAACGAAGUAAAGAAGGCUAUCRACGAAGAUUGUGGAGUAGAAAUAGUCAAGAGAAAUUACGACGAAUUAGUUGAAACCUGGAAGACCGUUGAGUUAAAGCACGAUSUUUAUACCACAUUCCUGACUGAUGAAGAGGUAGAAGCCGGUGACACAUGGAUUCUGGAAUUGCAAGAUUUGUUCAGCGACGCUAUGAAACGCCAGAAUCAAUACGAGAAGAAGAAAACGUCUACCGAUAAUGAAGCCAAGGAACAAGAAGAAAAGAAGCAAGCGGUUCUUAGAGAAGAAGAGA